GUUCGGCCCGCUAAACCUCACGCAGCGGUCUAGCGGAUUUUCUGGGUCCCCGGCUCGACUUUUCGAGGCGUUGCGACUGACGAAGAACGGCCAGAGCCUCAGAUCGGGAGAAUUGGCAACGCCGCUUGGAUUGGCGCUCAGCUUCUCAAAAUGAGGUCUCUCGGAGAACGGCUAAAUUUGCUUCGCAAGCUAAUCAACGUACGAUGCGGCCCCGGUGCUGCAAUCCUCCCCGCCGAGGUUACUAGAAUCCACCUCGACUUCGCCCGGACCUUAAAUGGAGGCCACAUGGGCGCCAGGAAGUUCUGGCUCGAGAACCUCCCCCGACUAAAGUACCACAACCCCUCGAUCCCCAUGAUCGUCAACCGCCACACGCAAAACUCCCAAAAGCCCACCCUGUCCAUCUUUCUGCGCAAGCCCGACGCCGGCGCCGCCCCCGAGCUCCGCAGCCAGCCGGCCUCGUCACGCGACAACCUCUCGCAGGUGCCCACGCCGGACGCCGACGAGCGUGUCGUCACCAUCGACAUGACCAAGAAGCACUCGUCGCACAUCCUCGAGUUCAUCCUGGCUGAGACAAAGGCUGUGGUCAUUCACCCCACCACCGAGGAGAUCCGCGAGCUACAGGAGCUCGAGGCCAUGCGCAAGCAGGCCGACGUCGACCGCGACCGUGUGAAGCGCUUGCGCGAAGAGAAGAAGCGUGAGGAGGAGAUGCUCAAGCGCGCCCGAGCUGCGGGCGGCGUUGCUGAGGAGGAAGAGGUGUAAAAGAGGAAGUGAGGCGAGGCUGUACAAUAGACCUGUAUUACUCGGUGCCAUAUAUCUGGCAGUGUACCAGUUGGGAACAUGAAACCAAUACCAUCUACAUUGAUAUGUUUCACACAUCAUGCGGUUUUAAACGUCCCUGAGAGGCCGCAC